ACUAAUUUUUCAUACAUUUGACAGGACAACAGUUGCACUUCUUUGUAUUGGCUUCUUAGGUAUUACACUAAGCAAAUGGCAAAAUUUAUUGAAAUAGAUCUUUCUGAAUUUGUAAUCAACGAUAACAUAGCAGAUGAUUUCCCUUUAGAAUGUACAUGCGUGUGUUGUCUGUCGCAAAAUACCCGAUUCAUAAACUUAAAAACAUGCAAACACAAAACCUUUUUGGAGGUUUUCUUCAAGGAUAUGUUUCCAGUCACAGAUUUGUUAAUCUGUACGAUAUGUCAUCGCAUGCUGAAAUUAAUACACGGUUUCAUAACAAAAGUUGAAAAAAGCACUUUAGCGCUCAACAAUAAGGUCUCUAGCGGAAAUGAAGGUGUGACGUUUCGGGAUUGCGAUGUAAACUACAAACCCAAAUUGAGCAUCACUAAAUGUCAAACGCUAGCUGACAUUAAAGUGGAAGAUGACAUUGACAGAUCUGUUGUUGACAUCAAGAGGCGAGCGAAGGAUUGUAACUACGAAGCCUCCACGGUGUCAAUAUUCAAUGUAGAACCAAACGCAACGUGCACCGAAGCUCGCAUACCGGCGACCGCAUCGAUGACUCAACCCAAUAUCUUGAACCUGGACACGGCUAUUAAAUCAUCUAGUUUCGACGACUACGAUCUGAUAACAGAAAUUAAAAUCGAACCGGACAGCGAGGUGGAUCCGGGACCGUCUGAUGUGAAGCCCAGAAGGAAUACCAGUGGAGUUAAAAAGAAGAAGACCAAGAACCACAAAAAGAGCAAGGUCAAAACACCGAUAGAGAAGCACGAGGGGAAGAUCAGGACGGUGACCUUGAGCGAAGAGGACCUAUCGACAGAGAGGGAACUCCUGAGGAGCGAGGAGAAAUACCAGAAGUUGCCCUACAAGUGUGAUUUGUGCGUUGUCGGUUUUGCCACCGAAACUAUCUAUCAAGGCCACAUUCAGAAACACCAUAACAAGAACAAAAACGGCUUCUCCUGCGAUAUAUGCGACUCGGUUUUAAAUUCUAUACCGAUACUGAGAGAGCAUAGACGGAGGCAUCUGCGCAGGUUCGAAUGCCAGAUCUGUCUGAAACGCUACCACGACAGUUACAGCGCGGUCCAGCACUACAACGACUGCCAUGGCGACGUGGACUCGAUCGCGGUCGCUUACAAUUGUAGGGAGUGCAACUUCAAUACCAACUCGUAUCGAAGUUACAGGUACCACAGGUCGAAGCACAACAAGCCGACCUGUGACCUGUGCGGCAAUAUCUUCGUCACUAACAGCAGCCUGAAGAUCCACAUGCUAACGAAACACAAGCCGACGCCCGUCACAUACAAUUGUGAGCUCUGCGCUAAAGUGUAUAAGAGCAAAUCCGGCUUGCACUCACACAAUUCGAGCGCUCACGGCGGCGGAGCUCAAUACCACACGUGCAGGACGCAUUAUCGUUCUCACAGAGCGCUGAUGCACCAUCUAAAGACGCAUUCCGCGCACAGGGACACGUCCGAAUAUAAAUUUGAAUGCGCUGAUUGCGAAGGCAAAUUCGCGAACAAACAAUCGCUUCGCAGUCAUAUAGAAUGGGAGCAUUUGCUCAUGAGACAUCAUCGGUGCGUGAAAUGCGAUAAGGUGUUCCGGUCGUCCGCGUCGCUAAAGAAACAUGAUUCGUAUGUACACGAGAAGAAACGUCCCCCGCGCGAUAAGAUCUGUGAUUAUUGCGGAGAAGCCUUCACCAUAAAGCUUCCUAAUGCAUCUGUCUGCUGUCUAUGUCACAGUUUAUUGAGAAAGUUUCAAAACUUUAAAAAUCAAACACUACGAAGCUUUAAGAUUCUAACGGAACAGGUACCAGUCAGGAAUGGAACUCUUCGUCUUCAGAAAACCUCCAUUCAAACGAUCAAUAUAGAGAAUACGGAAAGCAAAAUAUGUAAAGCUGAAAAUGAAGAUGAAAUUAUAACUGAGAAUAACGUAUCACAAGAAUUCAGUACGAAUCCAUUGAAAGAUGAUCUCUUUGACGAGGACGGUGACUUUGAUAGAAACUACAUCGACGGUGAGAACUUUAAAGAGCGAGCUAUCAAAAUCGUUGAGAUGAAAAUCGAAGAUGGCUGUGAUGUGUAUAGGGAAAAUAAUACUGAAAGUAAAAACAAGGCUAACUCGGAUAGUGUCGUGUUGGAUAACGAAGCCGUCGAUGCGGUUGGAGUGAGAACGCCAAACGAGCUAGAUAAAAUGUUUAAUAGUGACUGGUACACACGAUCAUAUCAAAGGUAUUGUUCGAUCAAAAUGGAUAGUAGGGCUGGGACAUCUAGAAGUGAAAAUAGAUCGAAAACAUCAACACCUAGUAGUAGAAAAAAACGUUGGUUGAGUGAUGACUCGGAAGGUUCUGAAGGAUUUAGUGAUGAAGAAGUGUGUUCGCAACGAGCUCAGGAGGAGCAGUUGUCUUCAAGUUCAGAGGAAUCUAGUUGCGGCAGUGAUGAUAGUAUCUUUGAUACAAGACUGAAACCGAAAACGCUCAGCCGUGGACCACCAGCUCAGUCUUCAAGGUUAUCUGCCGCAAAGACGACAAACCGUAUUCCACCACCUCCACCUUCAAGAUCACCUGCUUCAAAGUUGACCAGCCGUGUACCACCAGCUCAACCUUCAAGUUCAUCUACAUCAAAACGAGGGUUAUGUGAGUCAGAUGGAAGCCCUGUCAUUCCAUGUAAGAGAUUUAGACCUAAGUUUGGCCACGUACCAAGUACGCGUGAUAAAUCUGCUCAACCUAGACUAUCACCAGAUCCACAUACACAUAGAUCAAUAUCGAUGCGAGCGCCUCGCCAACUAGAAUUUGAGGGAACUAGUAAUUUUGAGUUCAAUUAUGAAAUUGACUGCCGUGCAAUAAUGCCGCCUAUCGUUCAAGAUUAUGGAGAUAUGCCUGACAUACCUGAUAGCAUUCUAUUUAACCCUUCAACUCCUAGCGUGUCUCUUCUGAGAUCUGAUGUGGUAACUCCAAACUUUUCGUCGGAACGUGAUGCCGCUUCUCCUUCUAUUUUGUCAUUUCGGCGAUCUGAAUGCAGUUCUCCCGACUUACCUGAUGAUAACAAUGAUGUCCCAUUGCUUGAUAUUUCACCUUCUCGUCGAGGAGCCACGAGCACCUGGAGCAUUGAUCCGGGUUGCAUGAAGAAAAUUGAUUUUACCAAAGAACAGGAACUCUUAGUGCCGCCUCCGACUGAUCCUUACGAGGCGUUCCGUCUAAUAAUCGACAACGAGUUAUUAGACCUUAUUGUGCGAGAGACAAAUUUAAACGCAGCCAGAGUUGCUUCUUCAGAAAAUGUCAAGCAGACCUCUAGAAUAAAAUCUUGGAAAGAUGUAACCAGGGACGAACUGCUCACCUUUAUAGGACUUCUUCUCCAUACAGGAACAAUACGACUUAAUCGUAUAAGUGAUUAUUGGAAGCGGCACCAUUUAUUUAAUGCUCCAUGCUUCGGACAAUUCAUGUCUCGUAAUCGUUUUCUUCUAAUAUUGCGGUGCCUACAUUUUUCGUCUGAAUCAAGCGAAGAAGACCGUCUUAUUAAAAUUCGCCCAUUUAUGGAUCAUUUUAAUAAUAAAAUGAAUACUAUAUACAGUCCGGGCAAAGAGUUGUCAUUGGAUGAGUCUAUGGUAUUGUGGCGCGGUCGAUUGCUGUUCAGACAAUACAUAAAGAACAAGCGCCAUAAAUAUGGCGUAAAACUUUAUGUUUUAGCUGAACCAGAUGGUAUCGUUUUAAAAUUUCAAGUUUACGCCGGUUCAAACGAUGAGACAUCAGGGCCAGGUCAUUGUAGUAAGAUCGUCUUCAAACUUCUAGAAGAGAGACUGGACUGCGGCCACCAUGUAUACAUGGAUAAUUAUUAUAAUUCUUAUGGCUUGGCUGUGAAAUUGCUAGAUCGACAGACGUACUGCACAGGAACUUUACGAAGAAACCGUAGAGAUAACCCUGUUGAAAUUGGGUCUGUCUCAUUGGAAAAAGGAGAAAACAAAUCCUUAUUCCUGAACGGUGUUCAUGUAGGAAGAUGGAGGGAUAAACGUUACGUACUCUAUAUUUCUACAGAACACGAUAAUGAGAUGAUGGAAACUACUUCCAAAAGGGGAUCUGUAGCAUUGAAACCAAAGGCUAUUGUCCAUUAUAAUAAUGUUAUGUCAGGCGUCGAUCUUCAAGAUCAGAUGUUGGCUUACUAUCCAGUCCAAAGGAAGACGCUGCGUUGGUACAAGAAGCUGUUCGUACAUGUGCUGCAAAUGAGCCUCACUAAUUCAUUGCACUUGUACAAUAAAUUUUCGCCGAACGACAAAUUAAAUCUAUAUGAUUUUCGUUUGAAGAUACUAGAGAAGCUUUUACCUAAUCCUAAUGAUGUCAAUCGACGCAAUGUUUUAAAAAUGAAACAUGAACUCACUAAAAUAGAAAAGGUCCGGGUGAGAACGAAGAAAGUAGGAAAUAUAACUAAAGAAACUACAGAAGUGGCCCGAAAAGAAUGCAAAGGUUGCAAAGCGCAGAAAAAGAGAGUGCAAACAAUUUAUGAAUGCAAGCAAUGCGAAAAUUCUCCAGGUUUUUGCACAAAAUGUUUCUGCCUUGCGCAUUCCUGAUAUUAAUUUUAAAACCAUAUUUAAUUUAUUACCAUAUUUAAUUAUAAUAUUACCAUAUUUAAUUAUAAUUAUAACCAUAUUUAAUUAUAAUUAUAACCAUAUUUAAUUUAAAAAACCCCCGACGCAAAAAAGUUUUUAAUACGUUUGACGUGUCAGUCUGUCUGUCUAUGUGUGUGUGUAUGUGGCUGUCAUUUAGUUUUUUUUUUUGUAAAAGGUGAUUAUCAACGAAUGUUUAUUUUCAAAUUUUGUUUUAACUUUUCUGUGAAGAAAUCACCUUCAGUGUUUUAAUUAAACUUAUAAUUAUGAUUUUUAUACGUUUGAUUGUAUUGAUAAUUAUGAUUAUAUCAUUGCUUCGCUUAGAUUUAAGACAUUUAUGCCUUCUUAAAUAAAUAACCAUUCAAGUGCGUGUUAUAUUUUAAACUUAAGCUUAUAAUUAUGAUUAUAUCGUUACCUACUUUGCUCAGAUUUAAGAUAUUUAUACCUUCUUAAAUAAAUAACCAUUCAAGUGCGUGUUAUAUGUUAAACUUAAACUUAUAAUUAUGAUUUUUUUGAUACUUUUGAUUGUACUUGGAUCCGAGAAAACACCUUUUUCGGAUCCGAGUGUCCGGCAUUUGGCGUGCUAUGUGCCGACCACUCGGAUCCGAACAAGGUGUUUUUUUAUUAAAAUAAUAAUAUUAUCAACAUACUUUCAUCCAUAUUUUUAAACACACAUAUAUACUUAAUCAAUAUACGCUAUAAAAAUAAUUGGUUUCUGGCUAAUAAUUUUAUAUCAUUUCGUCGGCAGCAAAUGUGUUUAAUAUAUGUAAAGGAAAACCACCCUAACCAAUUAGUAUUUUCCUUAAAUUUGAAUUUACCGCGUUAUCACUUCACUUACCAUCAAUCAGGGUAACUUAAAGCUUUCCGUUUCACAUUAGCCCACUUACUCACUUUUUACAUAUUUUUUUUUUUAUAUUUCCAAACGGGAUACACUUUGAAAUUUAUAAUUAAGAUGUUUAUAAUUGAACGAAGAAAGCGCGCCAUAUUUUGACAUUUGUCAGCAAAACUUUUCUUUCUUGAGGUUAAUUGAGUCGACUAUUAUCAAAGCCGGCAAUCUGACUUUUGGACAAUGAUUGGUAAAUCAGAAAAACGAAUUAUUGACUUUGUAUUCCAUUGGCAGUCACAAAACUCUUCGGAACGACAUCUUAGAUAAAUAACAGGUUAAGUAUUAACCUUUAUUUAAUGCAGGUUUUGAACCGUAUUCUUUGAAGGAGACGAUUAUAUUCAAAUCAAUCUGUAUUGACAUAUCAAUAAAUUUUUUUUGUCCAAAUGCACAGAUUGCCACCUUUGAUAAUAGACGACUCAAUUGUGAAGUGGUAAGAAGGUGAUAAAUGAAACAUCGCUGCCAAGUUGUUUAUAUUCAAACUCAAAAGUUUCAUAGUAAGGUAAGUUUGUACUUUUUAUAAUAACUAAAGGUUACAGAUGUAUAGUUUCAUAAAAAAAACAAUAUGAUCUAUAUAGUUGUUUACAUGUUUGUCUUGAUUUUAAUUCGUUUGGUGAAAAUUUGUGAUAAUAUGGGUAAGUUUAACCCGGGCCAAAGAUACCCAAAUUAAACUAAUUUUUAAUUAGGGUUGUCCUUAUUUGUUUCAGUCGGUGAUAAUGGCCAAAAAAAGAUCUUGUCCAGCGCGUGGUACCCGAAAAUACGGUAAGAAGACUCGUUAUACAGAAGAGACACUGAAAAAGGCCCUAGAUGACAUAAAGUCCUGUAAAAUGUCACAAAGAGUCGCUUCUGAGACUUACAAUAUUCCGAGAAGCACAUUAAAAUAUAAAUUAAAAAAUCAACACAGCAAACCUGUUGGCAAGCCCCCUGCACUGUUAGCAGAAGAGGAGGAAAUAUCCAAUCACAUAAUUGCCUUAUCCGACAAUGGCGUACCAAUAAGUAUGCAAGAUGUGAGGGUUAUUUUUAAAAAUUAUCUCGAUGACAACAACAAACAUGUCAAAAUUUUUAAAAACAAUUUGCCUGGGUGGGAUUGGGUAAACUUUUCUUAGAGCGCCAUAAGUAUAUUAAGCAAAAGGCUGCUAUUUCUAUUGGCCAAAAGCGUGCCAAAGUUAGUAAAGAAAUAGUUGAGCAAUAUUUUGAUGAUUUAAGUGCUGAGCUUGAAAGUGUUCCAGCCGGGAACAUCUAUAUAUUUGAUGAAACAGGUAUUCACGAAUCCAAAGAAGAAGAAGCUUCGUCGUCAAACGAGAGUGCAGGAACCCAGAAAUAUUAGAAUUCGGAAUUCUACUAAAUCCUGUUUUACUGUAAUGUUUUGCGCAAAUGCUGAAGGUGAAUUUGUACCAUUGUAUAUUAUAUACAAAGCAAACCAAAAACUGGAUUAAAGAUGCUCCAUCCGGCACUCGAAUGUCAGUCACGACGUCUGGCUGUAUACGUUGUAGCCUCUAACAACUUUCUCCUGUAUUAUCCUGCGCCAUUCCUGUCUAUCCUUGGCUGUGUGGAUAGACACGUGGACUGAAGUAUUGAGAGUGGAGCGUAUCUGGUCCGACCAGCGCAUUGAACUUCUACCUCUGGGCCUUUUUUCGCAUACCUUGCCUGUUACGACCGACGCCGAUGUCACUUGGUCUAGAUUCUGUAUAUUAAAUGAGUCUUUUUUGGGGAAGUACCCAUGGUGGGGUCCCACGCUCCUUCCACGGCAGUGCUUUUGGAAGAGAUUUAAUUCUUCGAGGCCGCUGAAGCCUUGUUUGGGUCAGGCUAUUUAACCGCCGCCCCACAUUCGGCGUUGACGGUUUUACGGUGAAAAAGUCGAACUCCAACCCAACCCUCCUCUUUUCUCAUCCAGGCUUGGGACUGGCAUCGGCAGUUUUUUUUGCCUACUGCUCGUUCUUUAUCACCUAUUCCUGGUCCUUCGAAUAUAAAAUCGACAUACACAGUCGACCCACCUACCAAUCAUGUUCCAUCACCCACCGCUGAAUUCUCAUUUAAUAUUGAAGCUACCGUCUUUCGUACUUCUUAAACUUGCAGAGAGGAUAUUACAGUAGACUAUGAAGAGCACGAAGGGACUUUGACGAAAAUAGAUGAUAUAAAAAACAAAAAAAGGAAAGGACAAAACUGUGGCCGGUAUUGUGUAUUGUUUCAAGUCGUCGUGGCCUAAAGGAUAAGACGUCCGGUGCAUUCGUGUUGAGCGAUGCACCGGUUUUCGAAUCCCAGGCGGGUACCAAUUUUUCUAAUGAAAUAGGUACUCAACAAAUGUUCUCGAUUGACUUCCACGGUAAAGGAAUAACAUCGUGUUAUAAAAAUCAAACCCGCAAAUUGUAAUUUGCGUAAUUACUGGUGGUAGGACCUCUUGUGAGUCCGUGCGGGUAGGUACCACCACCCCGCUUAUUUCUGCCGCGAAGCAGUAAUGCGUUUCGGUUUGAAGGGUGGGGCAGCCGUUGUAACUAUACUGAGACCUUAGAACUUAUAUCUCAAGGUGGGUGGCGCAUUUACGUCGUAGAUGUCUAUGGGCUCCAGUAACCACUUAACACCAGGUGGGCUGUGAGCUCGUCCAACCAUCAAAGCAAUAAAUAGAAAAAUAGUACGAAAAAUGUCUUCCCAGGCCGAAUCAUUAAGGUAGAUGAUCAAAUGUUCAAAAUAUCUGUGAUGCAGAAGAACUAUACAGGAUGGAAUUGGUCUGCCAAACCCGAAAUCCUGACAUCCUAUCAAAGACGCAUAGUUAGCUACGUAAACAAUGAUAAAAUUACUAAAACAAGUGAUUCUUACCAAAUCGAAGACCUCUAUAUGGAAUGGGGUGAUUAACCACUGUAAUUAUUUGAAUUCUACCGCAGGAUUAUAACUUUGUUGAUUUUUUUAUAAGAUGUAAUAAUAAAUAGAAGAUAAAUAAGUUUCUAUAAAUAAAGGUCCUUUUCAAACACACAUAUAUUGAAUUUUACUGACAACCCUGAAUUUAAAGUUUAUUUUUUUGGUAAACAGCUGUCAUAAGAUGGCGACCUAACCAAUUCCCAUAUAUAAUUUGAUUAAUUACUUAGUCGCCAUAAAUACUGUUACAAUUAAAAAUAAACAAAAUAUUACAUUUGAAUUUGGAAUAUGUCAUUUUUAUAUGAUUGCUCACUGAGUUUUCUCAUUUUGGCGCCGAUAUAUUGUACAAUAUUUUGCGAUAUUAAAAUGGAGUGGGGUGAUAAAGAGAACCGAAUCGCUGUGAUUGCAUUACACAAAGUAGGUAUGGAGCCAAAUGCAAUUUUUAAAACUCUCCAUAUGCAUGGUAUUAGUAAAAUGUUUGUGUACCGGGCUAUUAAUAGGUGCAAUGAGACCUUCUCUGUUUGUGACAGAAAAAGAUCUGGCCGUCCACGUUCGUACGAAAAAGGUGGUCAAAGCAGUUAGGGAAAUAAUUCGAAGAAAUCCUGUCCGAAAGCAAAAGAUUUUAUCUCGGGAGAUGAAGAUAGCACCUAGAACCAUGUCGCGUAUUUUAAAAGAUGACUUAGGACUUGCAGUCUAUAAGAGACGUACUGGUCAUUUCUUAACUGAUAAUUUAAAAGAGAAUAGGGUGGUAAAAUCGAAACAACUACUGAAGCGGUACGCAAAGGGAGGUCUUAGAAAAAUUUUGUUUACGGAUGAGUAAGGAAAGUUUAGGAAAGUUUUUACAAUUGAGCAACAUUUUAACAAACAAAAUGACCGUAUUUAUGCUCAAAGCUCUAAGGAAGCUUCCCAAUUAGUCAACAGAGUGCAACGUGGGCACUAUCCGACUUCAGUGAUGGUUUGGUGGGGUAUUAGCUAUGAAGGAGUGACUGAGCCAUACUUUUGUGAAAAAGGUAUCAAAACAUCGGCACAAGUGUAUCAAGAUACCAUUCUUGAGAAGGUAGUGAAGCCCCUUAACAACACCAUGUUCAAUAAUCAAGAAUGGUCCUUCCAGCAAGACUCGGCGCCAGGUCAUAAAGCUCGGUCUACGCAGUCUUGGUUGGAAACGAACGUUUCGGACUUCAUCAGAGCUGAAGACUGGCCGUCGUCUAGUCCCGAUCUUAAUCCGCUGGAUUAUGAUUUAUGGUCAGUUUUAUGAGGCUUGCUCUAAACGCCAUGAUAAUUUGGAGUCCCUAAAACAAUCCGUACGAUUGGCAGUGAAAAAUUUUCCCAUGGAAAGAGUGCGUGCUUCUAUCGAUAAUUGGCCUCAACGUUUAAAGGACUGUAUUGCAGCCAAUGGAGACCACUUCGAAUAAGCUUUUUAUACUUUAAAUUGUUUUAUAUUUAUGUAUUAAACUAACACACUGUAAAAGUAAUAAAUGUUAUUUGCAAUAGAUUUUUUUAAAUUUUUAAUAGUAACAGUAUUUAUGGCCAGACUAAGUAUUUACCUGACUAUUUAGUUUUAACUGAUUUUCUUUUAAUAUUAAUAAUUAAUUGAUAUGAGUCAACUGUAAGAGAGAGAUAGAGAGACAGAGAAGUCAAUAUAUACUAAUACAUGUCUCACUCAGUCUCAUGCGCGUGGAUAAUGCCCUGGGAUGAUUGGCCCUUUAAAGCGUCUGCAAAGCAAUUCGGCCGACGGAAAGUGUCUGGGAGUAUUGGCGACUUCUUUUUAAGGAUAUUGCCUAAAAUAUACGUAAAAAUCAGCUUUCAGAAAAUACGUGAAGUAGGUCAUGAUUUUAUAUACCUUGAGUACCUGAUACCUGAAAAUUGGCCGUCUAAGCAUGGUAACAGGUAGGCAUGCUACCUUAGUACAUACUAACACUACGCAAUCGGCCACAUUUCGUUCGUCAGAAAAUACGUGACGUCUGGGGGCCCUGGGAUCUUGGACUAUAUGGAAACAUGUAUCCCGUUUGGAAAUUAAAAAUGAAUAUGUAAAAAGUGAGUAAAUGGGCUAAUGUUAAACGGAAAGCUUAAGUUACCCUAAUGGACAGUAUAGUAUAUAUGUUACGGCAUGGCAUACAAAAUGCGAAAUAGCAAGUGCUAGUGAUGUGGUGCGCAUGCGCAUACGCACCACUACAACCUAACUUAACCUAACCUACAAUUUAUUAUAUAUAAUAUGCAAAGAUAAGUAUGUUUUGUUUGUCAUUUACAUUUUUUAAUUAAAAUAAUUUUCGUCAUUAAAGCCUAUUGUAUUAUGUUUAUUUAAAUAAAUAUAUUUUUUACUGCAAAAA